AUGAAUUUCACUGUACUGCGCUGGAACAAGCGACACCAGACAAUCAGCGGGCUGGUUUUCUUGACACCCGUGCGCAGACUAAGCGGCCUGGAUGAGCUUCAGAUGGCAGGACUUUACCUGGAGGAUCUGUGCAUCCACGACAUGACACGCGACAUUGUGCUGGCUGAGUGGCAACAUGGCGCCAACUUGGAAGUCUCUUACAGUGAGCAAGAACGCAAGAGUCAGACACUCGAGGAGAACCUCGUGAGGCUAGAAGCAUGGCGCCAGAGGGGCGACGAAUUGCUCUAUUCCAUGAUACCAAAGUCUGUGGCCGAUAGGCUACGCCGCGGAGCCCAUCCUGUCGACACGUGCGAAACGUUCGACAGCGUGACGGUGCUCUUCAGUGAACUGGUCAACUUUCCCAUGGCCUGCCGGCAUUUGAGCCCCAUGCAAGUUGUCAGCUGGGUGAACGCAACAUUUUCUCUCUUCGAUCUUAUCACGGAUCGCUACCACGUGUUCAAGGUGGAAACUGUUGGUCAAGUUUACAUGCUCGUGAGUGGAGCGCCUGAACGGCGAGAAGACCACGCAGAACAAGUCUGCGCAGCAGCGCUGGAAAUGCUUUUCUCGUUCCAGGGAAAGCGGCAACCAUUUGACGAGCAAGGAACGUUCCUAAGAUUGGGUGUGCACUCGGGACCCGUUGCAGCCGGCGUGGUGGGCCUCAAAACUCUGCGCUACUGCCUGUUUGGAGACACCGUCAACACAGCAGCGCGGAUGCAGACACACGGGGAGGUGAGCCCGAGAACGGUUCCUGGCAGACCGGUCUCGUAA